UAUUUAAACGUGUUGGAUUCACGUGUUGGAUUCACAUGUUGGAAAACACAUUUAUGCGUUUUGUAGAUAAAUUUUAGAAUAUUGUACUUAUAGAUUCAUAAAGUUUCAAUAAGUUUAUCUGUAAAUAUUGAAGAUGAUUUCUUGCUGGAGGCGCAGACUGUUAAAGCUUUACAUUUUAAGUUUGCCAAUAAUACUGUAAGCAAGCGUACGGGGAGCUUGCCGGAAAUUACGUGCGCUGUAAACAACCGUCCUCCACUCCGAACAGAAGAGCCGAUCCGAACGAGAUGGCGGUUAGUGUUAAGUCCCGAUCCGAACGAGAUGGCGGUUAGUGUUAAGUCCCGAUCCGAACGAGAUGGCGGUUAGUGUUGUAGUACCGAUCCGAACAAGAUGGCGGUUAGUGUUGAAGUCCCGAUCCGAACAAGAUGGCGGUUAGUGUUGAAGUCCCGAUCCGAACGAGAUGGCGGUUAGUAUUGAAGUCCCGAUCCGAACAAGAUGGCGGUUAGUAUUGAAGUCCCGAUCCGAACAAGAUGGCGGUUAGUAUUGAAGUCCCGAUCCGAACAAGAUGGCGGUUAGUGUUGAAGUCCCGAUCCGAACAAGAUGGCGCCCAGUUUGGCGCGGCUGACGCCAUUUUUAUCCCGACCCGAUCCGGAGCCAUGGCCAUGCUCAGAGUGUCCUCAUACCGCCGGCUGUUUGACUACGACAGGCAGAGUCCUAACGGAGGGCCGAGGCUGCACCAGGCCUCCGCCAGGUGUGCCUCUGCUGACAAAUGUGGCUGUGAUAAAAUAGACCUUGUUACAACCAAAGCUCUGAACAAAGCGGAUCUAGACCGGUUCGUCCAGGAGCGGACCACCAUGGCUGCCCUCAACGACCGGCUGGUCAAACUCAUCGAGUUGGCUCACUGUUUGGAAGAAGAGAACGGCUCUCUUGAAUGCCAGAUUGCUGAUCUGGAGGAAAAUCUGAACGGUCAACCCGCCUCCACCGAAAUCACCUCCACUGCAGCGAAACCAAAGUUCAGUUUGGAGGCGGUGGUGGAAAAACUGCGCAGGCAGAGGGAUGAGAUUAUUUGUGACACAGAGGAGCUGAAGGAAGAGCUUGAAUGUCUCCAGAAGGAGUUUGAAAAAGCUGCACAUCAGAGGAUCGUCGUCCAGCAGGGACAACAAGAUGCUGCUGAGGCGGUCGAUGCUGUGACUGCAGAGUGUUUGGCUCUGAGGGACCAAGUGGCCGUCUACAAGGAACAGCUGGCCAACAUGGAGACCCAACACAAGAUGGAGGUGGAGAGCCAGCUGCAGCCAGAUGAAAGGGCGCUGGCUGCAGCUGUGGUCAGGUUUGGCAGCCCUGACAUCACCCCAGUCUGGGAAGUGAAGGAAUACCACCGCCAGCUGGCCGAGAGCCUCCAGCUGGAGUUUGGGGCGCUCUCCUCUGGCAAAAGCGAUGGAAAGAAACUGGAAGCGAGAGGAACUGGUGGGUCAAUGGUCAAAGACCCGACAGAGAUAACUGAUGUGGACGAGAUGAAGACUCUGAUUUCAGAGCUACAGAAGGAACUCGAUGACCUUGAGAAGAGUAAUGAGGAGCUGUUGGAUGAAGUUGAGGUGAAAGGGGCUGCGUACAUGGAUGAGGUUGAAGAGUUGGAGUUUACUAUAACAGAAAUGAAGCAGCAGGAGGUUGACUUCAAAUCCCAGAUGAAAGAGCAGUGUGAGGAGUACAGGGAGCUGCUCGGUCAGAAGAUGGCAAGAGACAUGGAGAUUGCGGCCUACAGGACUCUGGUGGAGGAAGAGGAGGUGAGACUCUGCAGCCUGUCACUCGGCCCGAUCCGAUAGGGCUCUGCUGGAUUCUGCCCUGAUGCACGGAUUAGAAAACAGACCAGAAAACACGACAAACGGACCCAGAAUGAGCACUUUGAUGAAGCUUAAGCGUAGCAGCUCUAUCCACUGACAGAUUGAAGCCGCCCGGAGGCCUCAGCCAGCUGAUAACGGGUCGCAUGCAGAUGACCUGGAGACCAAAAUGGAUCGGUCUGAAACCUGUAGGAGGCUCAGGUCUGGCUCUAAUAUUCCUUUGAAGUGGGUUUUAUCUCCUUCAGCUCUCUGAUUCCCACACAUUUGGUUCCCUUUUUGUAAAACAAGGUUCAAAUUUAAAGGGGAAGUAUUGUGUAAAAUAUAUUUUUUUUUGAUCUUCAUAUAAUUUUAGAAUGUUAUUUCCUUUUUGGAGUGUUGUCUUGAUUCUUUCAUGCAUGUUUGAGGAAUCCUUCAAUCUCCAUGGCAACCAUUCAGCUGUGCACAAUGCCUGGGUGGACCUAGCCCCGCCUUCGAGGACAAACCUGCCCCUCAGAGAUGCAGUUUCAGAGCUUUCUCCUCACAGAGCAGCUCUACUUAGCCCAGCUCCUUCAGACUAGCCGGCAGCAAUUAGCAAACACCUGGUGGAAGUCGUUAUAGGAGCUACUUCUCAGUUCAAUGCUGGUAAAAACGAUGUUAAAGUGUUAAUAAAGGAGCAAGUUGCAAGCAGAGCAGGUGUUUUUAAAGAGACUGAGGCCCAAUUUAAAGGUGUUAAAUUACAAACUAAAAAUUUAAGUCAUAUUUGAUUUUUAUACCAACUGAGGGAAACAUUGUUGCUUAAUUAUGCUAAAAAAAACCAACAUACUGCCCCUUUAACCUCAAAACUAAAUUUUCCAUUUUAUCGCCUUAUUAGGACCGACAAGUCUGAAUUCUUCAAGCAAAACAAAAAUCAUAAAGUGGUUUGAGUUUCUGUAAUGAAUAUUGUUUUGUUCUAAUAAUGAAAGAGUCACAAAGAAAAUAGUUUUGGUGUUACCUGUUGUAACGAUGCAGUUUGCGCCUGGAGGACACAUAAUGCCGCCCCUUUAAAAGCAGAAACACAGAGCCACCUCGUCUGUCACUCAAACUCCUUCUGAUUGCCACCUCUUAACCUUUGACCCCGUUGCUGUAAUCAGACACACAGACGGGCUCCUCCUCCGUCACUGAAAGCGUCCCGCCUUGCUUUUGUUUUUACAGUCAGGUCUGCAUGCUGCUUGUGAGAGUAAGCUGUGUUUGCUUAGCAAAUGGCUCGUGAAGUUGUUUUUGUGCAACCUUCAACAAGUGAGCACCUGGAUCUGAGUGAUUCAUUGUUUCCUCCUCGAGAACCAGUGUCCCAAUUUGAUGUCAUUUCACAAAAAAGUGUUUGGCAAAGCAUUCCUCACUAAUCUUUUCCUCAUUGUUAGCAUCAAAGCUGUCUGUUAUCAAUCAUCCUGCACAAGCAUUAAAAUGUACUUGGGAUUUAGAUUAAAUAAAACUGAAUGCCUGAAAAA